CAAAACCAAAGUAACGCAUCAUUUUCGGAUUCACGUAUUUCGCUCGCCGCAAUGGGGUUUGAUUUGUGAAAGGAAAGGUAACCGUCGUCUAUCGCACAGCAAUGGUUUGUGAGAAGUGCGAACAGAAACUUGGCAAAGUAAUUACUCCAGACCCGUGGAAAGCGGGAGCCAGAAACACCACCGAAGGAGGUGGAAGGAAAAUCAACGAAAACAAAGCGCUGAGCAGCGCGAAGACCCGAUACAAUCCGAUUGCCGGUAACUUCGCGCCGUGUCGGAUUUGUAAGCAAAAGAUUCACCAAGCAGGGUCGCAUUACUGUCAACAGUGCGCCUACAAAAAGGGCAUCUGCGCUAUGUGCGGCAAAAAGCUACUGGAUGUCAAGAACUACCGGCAGUCAUCGGCCUAGGGACGCACAAAACAAAUGGAUCCAUAAGACUUGUACCUCCUUCUUGGCAGGGACUACUUCUAUUUGAAAAACUUCGACCAAAUAUGGACAUUCGGCAUUAAAGGCGGCUGAAGUGACUAAAACGCAUUCGCUUUUGUUUGUGACCAUAACUAAAGUAUCAC